GCUCCGCCCGCCGCGCUCCGGGCUCGGAGGUCCGGACUCCGGGCUCGCUGCCUCCCGGGCCGGCUCCGCGCCCCGCACCCCCGCGCCCCGCGCCCCCGAGGGCGGAGCGCACCAUGCCUCAGCUGGACUCGGGCGGGGGCGGCGCGGGCGGCGGCGACGACCUCGGCGCGCCCGACGAGCUGCUGGCCUUCCAGGACGAGGGCGAGGAGCAGGACGACAAGAGCCGCGACAGCGCCGCGGGCCCCGAGCGCGACCUGGCCGAGCUUAAGUCGUCGCUCGUCAAUGAGUCCGAGGGCGCGGCCGGCGACGCGGGGGUCCCGGGGGCGGGCGCCGGUGCCCGCGGCGAGGCCGAGGUCGGAGCCGAGGCUCUCGGGCGGGAACACACUUCGCAGAGACUUUUCCCCGACAAACUUACAGAGUCUCUGGGAGACGGCCUGAAGGCCCCGGAGUGCGCCAGCGGCAUGUACAAAGACACCGUCUACUCCGCCUUCAAUCUGCUCAUGCACUACCCACCCCCCUCGGGAGCAGGGCAGCACCCCCAGCCGCAGCCCUCGCUGCACAACAAGGCCAGUCAGCCUUCCCACGGCGUCCCCCAACUCUCUCCUCUCUAUGACCAUUUCAGCAGCCCACACCCCACACCUGCUCCAGCCGACAUCAGCCAGAAGCAAGGAGUUCACAGGCCUCUGCAGACCCCUGACCUCUCUGGCUUCUACUCUCUGACCUCAGGCAGCAUGGGACAGCUCCCGCACACUGUGAGCUGGCCCAGCCCUCCUCUCUACCCCCUGUCCCCUUCCUGCGGAUAUAGACAGCACUUCCCUGCCCCCACCGCAGCCCCUGGCGCCCCCUACCCCAGGUUCACCCAUCCACCCCUGAUGCUAGGUUCCGGUGUACCUGGUCACCCUGCAGCCAUCCCCCACCCAGCCAUUGUGCCCCCUUCAGGGAAGCAGGAGCUGCAGCCCUAUGACCGCAGCCUGAAGACACAGGCAGAAUCCAAGGCAGAGAAGGAAGCCAAGAAGCCAACCAUCAAGAAGCCUCUCAACGCCUUCAUGCUGUACAUGAAGGAGAUGAGAGCAAAAGUCAUUGCAGAAUGCACACUCAAGGAGAGCGCUGCCAUCAACCAGAUCCUGGGCCGUAGGUGGCACGCACUGUCCCGGGAAGAGCAGGCCAAGUAUUAUGAGCUGGCCCGCAAGGAGAGGCAGCUGCACAUGCAGCUCUACCCAGGCUGGUCGGCGCGGGACAACUACGGGAAGAAGAAGAGGCGGUCACGGGAAAAGCACCAGGAAUCCAACACAGGAGGAAAAAGAAAUGCAUUCGGUACUUACCCGGAGAAGGCCGCUGCCCCAGCCCCGUUCCUUCCGAUGACAGUGCUCUAGGCUGCCCCGGGUCCCCAGCUCCCCAGGACUCGCCCUCGUACCUCCUGCUGCCCCACUUCCCCACAGAACUGCUUGCUAGCCCUGCGGAACCGGCGCCUACAUCACCAGGUCUCUCGGCCACUCUCAGCCUCCCAGCCCCCUGGGCCCCCUCAGGCUCCUCACAGCAACCUGCAGAGUACACAGGUACAGCAACAGGAAUCUCAGAGACAGGCAGCCUAGCAUGCACAGGACACAUGGCUUCCUCCAGGGGCCCAC